AGAAAAAGCCUAUUCAUUUCCCUACACGGUACGGUACUAGCGGAUAGACAGGACAGGAUAUCAAUGAUCGAAUCCCUCCUCAUCAAAUGCCACAACGCAAUCUGGUCCCUCCUCCACGCCAUCAUCCUCGACGUCCCCCCAACCAGACUCCCCCUCUUCCCCGCUCUAGCAGGUUCAGUCUGGUUCUUGACGUUGGCGUCCUUGCUUCUCACGUGGAUUGCCCGUGGCAUGCCCCGGUAUCCGGGGCAGAGUAACCCGCAUAUUGCGUUUAUUUCGGAUAUUGCGUCCUUUGAGCUCAAACCUCUGUUUUUGAUUGGAACAUCUAUGACUGCUGUGGGGUUCUUACUGACUGUCGCUGCUGUUCAUGUCGUUUACUAUGAGCCCGGGUUUGCUCUGGCGCGGGCGCGGGCGAGAGCGAGAGCGAGAGCGAGAGAUACCCCCGUGCUAUCUCCCCAGUUCGAAAGGGCCCUAAGCGAUGACCAUAUCUCUAUAACCCCAAAUCAGCCCAUCGACAGCCACGACAUCCUCGAAGAGGAACCCCCAGAAUCCGAAGAAAGAGAAGACGACCCCACAACCCGCACCCUAAAACUCAUCUCCCUCCUCGCCAUCCUCGCAGCCAGCACAGCCAGCACGGCGCUCAUCCUCCUCGGCGUAAUGGACACCUUCCGGUACAAGACGCUGCACCACUUCUUCCUCCGACUGUGUUUCGCCGGAUUGGCUAUCCAGUCCGCUUGCACGGCUAUCGUGUAUGCUAAUGAGGUGCUUGAUUCCGUUGCUUAUUUGUGUCAUGGGGCGCGGUGGCAAAGUUAUACGGGGAAGAGGAAUCCGAGGGUGAGGGUUUUGUAUGUUCCCCCUCUAUCUUCUUUUUUCUUCCGUGGGGAAAAGAUAUAUAAACAUGGAGUAAGUGUUGGCUAAUGAUAGCAGUGCCUCCCUCUCAACAGCACUCAUCCUCGUCGAGCUCACCCUCGGCGUCGUCUUUCUCUCGCUGAUCGUCC